AUGUUGAAGUUCAAAUGUGGCGUCCGUAAUCCGGUAGAGCCAGGACCUAUGGAGCCCAUCACGAGCCGGAUUUCUCGGCUAAAUCUGCUCUUUCAGGGGAAGCCACUCUUUGUGACUCAACAGCAGAUGUCUCCUCUCUCCCGGGAAGGCAUCCUUGAUUCUUUAUUCGUUCUUUUUGAAGAAUGCAGAAACCCCGCUUUAAUGAAGAUUAAGCAUGUUGGCAACUUUGUCAAGAAGCAUGCAGAAACUAUAGCUGAAUUAAGGGAAUUGCAACCCAAUGUGAAGGAUUUUGAAGUAAAGAGUGUGGUUGGCUGCGGUCAUUUUGCGGAUGUAAAAGUAGUAAGAGAGAAACUUACUGGUGAUGUGUAUGCUAUGAAGGUGAUGAGCAAAGAGUCCUUGUUGGUGCAGGAGCACGUGUCGUUUUUUGAGGAAGAACGCAGUAUAUUAUCUCAGAAUACCAGUCCCUGGAUUCCACAGUUACAAUAUGCAUUUCAGGACAAGAAAAAUCUCUACUUGGUUAUGGAGUAUCAGCCUGGAGGGGACUUACUGUCACUCUUAAACCGAUAUGAGGACCAACUGGAUGAGAGUAUGGUGCAGUUCUAUCUUGCGGAGCUGAUUUUAGCCAUUCAUAGUGUUCAUCAGAUGGGCUAUGUACACCGAGAUAUCAAACCAGAGAAUGUUCUCAUUGACCGAAUAGGACACAUUAAACUGGUAGACUUUGGGUCAGCGGCCAAAAUGACAGUAAACAAAACGGUAAAUGCCAAGCUACCUGUUGGCACACCAGACUACAUGGCACCAGAGAUGCUGACAGGGUUGAAUGGCGAUGGCAAAGCUUCUUAUGGUCCAGAAUGUGACUGGUGGUCCUUAGGAGUCAUUGCAUAUGAAAUGAUUUAUGGAAGAUCUCCAUUCACUGAAGGGACUUCAGCAAAAACUUUCAAUAACAUCAUGAACUUCCAGAGAUUUUUGAAGUUCCCAGAGGAUGUGAAAGUUAGUAGUGAAUUUCUUGAUCUGAUCCAGAGCCUGCUUUGUGGGCAGAAGGAAAGGCUGGGUUAUGAGGGACUCUGCUGCCAUCCGUUUUUUUGUAAAAUUGACUGGAACAACAUCCGUAACUCUCCUCCCCCCUUCGUUCCUACUCUCAAGUCUGAUGAUGACACCUCAAAUUUUGAUGAACCAGAGAAGAAUUCGCGAGUUUUAUCCUCUACGCGCCAGUUGAAUCCAGCAGGCUUCUCGGGUGAAGAUUUGCCAUUUGUGGGGUAUUCAUUCAUCAAGACACUGGGGAUCCUCAGAUCAGAAUCUGUUUUUUCAAGUUUGGACUCUCCAGCCAAGGUCAGCUCCAUGGAAAAGAAACUUCUUCUCAAGAGCAAAGAACUCCAAGACGCCCAGGACAAGUGUCACAAGAUGGAGCAGGAAAUGACGCGGUUGCACCGGAGAGUGUCAGAGGUGGAGGCUGUACUUAGCCAAAAGGAGGUGGAACUGAAAGCCUCUGAGACCCAGCGAUCCCUCCUGGAGCAGGACCUGGCUACCUAUAUCACAGAAUGCAGUAGCUUAAAGCGAAGCCUGGAGCAGGCACGGAUGGAGGUGUCUCAGGAAGACGAUAAGGCACUACAGCUACUUCAUGAUAUCAGAGAGCAGAGCCGAAAACUGCAAGAGAUCAAAGAACAGGAGUAUCAAGCUCAAGUAGAAGAAAUGAGGUUGAUGAUGAAUCAGUUAGAAGAGGAUCUUAUUUCGGCUCGCAGGCGUAGUGAUCUUUAUGAAUCGGAGUUGAGAGAGUCCCGAUUGGCAGCUGAAGAAUUCAAACGUAAAGCUACUGAAAGUCACAACAAACUGCAAAAGUUACAGGCUAAAGAUCAAGGAAAAACUGAAGCAGGAGAGUUGUAUUCCAAGUUAGAGAAGAUCAAUACGGAGCAGCAGGCCAAAAUCCAGGAGCUGCAGGAGAAGCUGACAAAGGCUGUGAAAGCUAGCUCUGAGGCAACUGAACUUCUUCAGAAUAUCCGUCAAGCAAAGGAAAGAGCUGAGAAGGAGUUGGAGAAACUGCAGAAUCGAGAAGAUUCUAAUGAAAGCAUGAAGAAGAAAUUACUUGAAGCAGAGGAACGGCGCCAUUCUCUGGAGAAUCAAGUGAAGAGGUUAGAGACUGUGGAACGAAGAGAAAACCGUCUAAAGGAAGAUAUUCAGACUAAAUCUCAACAGAUUCAACAGAUGGCAGAAAAAAUUCUGGAGCUGGAAGAAAAGCAUCGUGAGGCUCAGAUCGCAGCACAACAUCUGGAGUUGCAGCUGAAACAGAAGGAGCAAUUCUAUGAGGAAAAACUCAAAGUGCUGGAAAAUCAGAUGAAGAAAGAUCUUGCUGAUAAGGAAGCACUUGAGAAUAUGCUGAGAAGACAUGAAGAAGAAGCACGUGAAAAAUGUAAAGUCCUGGCUGAACAGAAGGCGAUGAUCAAUGCCAUGGAUUCGAAGAUUAGGUCACUGGAGCAGAGAAUAGUGGAACUGUCUGAGGCCAAUAAGCUGGCAGCAAAUAGCAGCCUUUUUACCCAGAGGAACAUGAAAGCCCAAGAGGAAAUGAUUUCAGAGCUCAGGCAACAGAAGUUCUACUUGGAAACACAAGCUGGGAAGUUAGAAGCCCAGAAUCGAAAAUUAGAAGAACAAUUGGAGAAGAUGAGUCACCAAGACCACACUGACAAGAACCGCCUGUUGGAGUUAGAGACUAGGCUGCGAGAGCUAAGGGAGUUGGAUGACCAACAUAUGUCCGUAUUUGACCAGAAGUUGUUUGGGACCAGUGUAAGGUUUCUGGCAGACUUGUCCCGCAUCUGCAACACAACAGACAGAUUCACGUGCAAUAGCAGACAACCCAAGGAAAGUGCUAAGGUUAGCCUAGAGCAUGAAGAACAAAAGUUGGAACUGAAAAGGCAGUUGACAGAAUUGCAGCUGACACUCCAGGAGCGUGAGUCUCAAAUUACUGGGCUGCAGGCUGCACGGACAGCCCUGGAGAAUCAGCUCCGUGAAGCCAAAACUGAACUAGAGGAGACUACAGCAGAAGCAGAGGAAGAGAUUCAAGCUCUCACGGCACAUAGAGAUGAAAUCCAGCGUAAAUUUGAAGCCCUUCGUAAUAGCUGCACAGUGAUAACGGAUUUGGAAGAGCAGCUGAACCAGCUCAGUGAAGACAACGCAGAACUGAACAAUCAGAACUUCUUCCUGUCCAAACAACUUGAUGAGGCUUCAGGGGCCAAUGAUGAAGUUGUCCAGUUGCGAAGUGAGGUCGACCAUCUCCGUCGAGAGAUAACCGAGAGAGAGAUGCAGCUCACCAGUCAGAAACAAACUAUGGAGGCCUUGAAGACAACAUGUACAAUGCUGGAAGAGCAAGUAAUGGACUUGGAGGCCCUGAAUGAUGAACUCUUGGAGAAAGAACGUCAGUGGGAAGCAUGGAGAAGUGUUCUAGGGGAUGAGAAGUCCCAGUUUGAAUGUCGUGUCAGAGAGUUGCAGAGGAUGCUGGAUACUGAGAAACAGAGCAGAGUGCGAGCAGAUCAGCGUAUUACUGAAUCUCGCCAGGUGGUAGAACUAGCUGUCAAAGAACACAAGGCAGAGAUUCUAGCUCUCCAGCAAGCUCUAAAGGAACAAAAACUCAAAGCUGAAAGCCUUUCUGACAAGCUCAAUGACCUGGAGAAGAAGCAUGCUAUGUUGGAGAUGAAUGCACGCAGUUUACAACAGAAGCUUGAGACAGAAAGGGAACUCAAGCAGAGGCUUCUGGAGGAGCAGGCAAAGCUGCAACAGCAAAUGGAUCUGCAAAAGAAUCACAUCUUCCGCCUUACUCAAGGUCUGCAAGAGGCUCUAGAUCGAGCAGAUCUUCUGAAGACUGAAAGAAGUGACCUGGAAUAUCAGCUGGAAAACAUUCAGGUUCUCUAUUCCCAUGAAAAAGUGAAAAUGGAGGGCACUAUUUCUCAGCAAACCAAACUCAUUGAUUUCCUGCAGGCAAAGAUGGAUCAACCAGCAAAAAAGAAAAAGGGCCUGUUUAGUCGGCGGAAAGAGGACCCUUCUUUACCCACACAGGUUCCCCUGCAAUACAAUGAGCUGAAAGUGGCACUGGAGAAGGAGAAGGCUCGUUCUGCUGAGCUGGAGGAGGCUCUACAGAAAACACGCAUUGAACUCAGAUCUGCUCGUGAAGAAGCUGCUCAUCGGAAAAUAUCAGACCACCCUCAUCCAUCCACUCCAGCCACAGCCAGGCAGCAGAUCAUCAUGUCUGCUAUUGUCCGCUCACCAGAGCAUCAGCCUACUCCAAUCAGUCUGCUAGCUCCACCCUCCAGUCGCAGGAAGGAAUCUUCUACACCAGAGGAGUACAGCCGGCGCCUGAAAGAGCGAAUGCAUCAUAAUAUCCCACAUCGUUUUAACGUGGGGCUAAAUAUGAGAGCAACAAAAUGUGCAGUGUGUCUGGAUACUGUGCACUUCGGACGGCAGGCAUCUAAAUGUCUUGAAUGCCAGGUGAUGUGUCACCCAAAAUGCUCAACUUGCUUGCCAGCUACUUGCGGACUGCCAGCAGAAUAUGCCACACACUUCUCUGAAGCAUUCUGCCGGGAUAAAAUGAAUUCUCCUGGUCUGCAACUGAAGGAGCCAAGCAGCAGUCUACGUCUUGAAGGGUGGAUGAAAGUGCCAAGGAAUAAUAAACGUGGGCAACAGGGCUGGGACAGGAAAUAUAUUGUCCUAGAAGGAACCAAAGUGCUCAUUUAUGAUGCAGAAGCAAGAGAAGCUGGACAGAGGCCUCUAGAAGAAUUUGAGCUCUGCCUUCCUGAUGGUGAUGUAACUGUUCAUGGAGCUGUAGGAGCAACUGAACUUUCCAAUACAGCAAAGACAGAUGUGCCAUAUAUCCUAAAAUUGGAGUCUCAUCCACACACCACUUGCUGGCCUGGUAGAACACUCUACCUAUUAGCACCCAGUUUCCCUGACAAACAGCGCUGGGUCACAGCACUGGAAUCAAUAGUGGCAGGUGGGAGAGUUUCCAGAGAAAAAGCUGAGGCCGAUGCUAAAUUGCUUGGAAACUCCCUACUAAAGCUAGAGGGUGAAGACCGUUUGGACAUAAAUUGCACGAUGCCCUUCAGUGACCAGGUAGUACUGGUGGGGGCAGAGGAAGGUCUGUAUGCCCUGAACGUGCUGAAGAAUUCCUUAACGCACAUCCCAGGGAUGGGUGCUGUCUUCCAAAUUUACCUCAUCAAGGAUCUGGAGAAGCUACUCAUGAUAGCAGGAGAAGAAAGGGCUCUGUGUCUUGUUGAUGUAAAGAAAGUGAAGCAGUCUCUAGCCCAGUCUCACCUCCCAGCCCAGCCUGAUGUCUCACCAAAUGUCUUUGAGGCUGUCAAAGGAUGUCACCUUUUUGCCGCUGGCAAGGUUGAGAAUGGUCUCUGUAUCUGCGCAGCCAUGCCCAAUAAAGUGGUUAUUCUGCGAUAUAAUGAGAACUUAAGCAAGUACUGUAUCAGAAAGGAGAUUGAAACCUCAGAGCCUUGCAGCUGCAUCCAUUUGACCAAUUACAGCAUCAUCAUUGGAACCAACAAGUUCUAUGAAAUUGAGAUGAAGCAGUAUACGCUCGAAGAGUUUCUAGAUAAAAAUGACCACACUUUGGCCUCUGCUGUGUUUGCUGCUUCCACCAACAGUUUCCCAGUCAGUAUCAUACAAGUGAACCCAGCAGGGCAGAGGGAGGAAUACCUGCUGUGUUUCCAUGAGUUUGGCGUCUUUGUCGAUUCCUAUGGAAGACGCAGUAGGACAGAUGACCUGAAAUGGAAUCGCUUGCCGUUAGCUUUUGCCUACAGGGAGCCCUAUCUGUUUGUGACCCAUUUCAAUUCCCUUGAAGUGAUUGAGAUUCAGGCACGAGCUUCUCUAGGAACUCCUGCACGAGCCCACUUGGAGAUACCAAAUCCACGGUAUCUAGGGCCUGCAAUUUCAUCUGGAGCUAUCUACUUGGCCUCCUCCUAUCAAGACAAGCUAAGAGUGAUAUGCUGUAAGGGCAAUCUAGUGAAGGAGUCCAACAAUGAGCACCACAGAGGCUCUUCUGCUACACGCAGCUGUUCGCGUCCAUUAUUUUUGAAUGACAGUAGCCCUAACAAGAGAGGUCCGCCCACAUACAACGAGCACAUAACCAAGCGGGUAGCAUCAAGCCCUGGACCCCCAGAAGGUCCAAGCCACCCUCGAGAACCAAGCACACCACAUCGGUACCGCGAGGGAAGGACAGAGCUGCGGAGAGACAAGUCACCUGGGCGCCCCCUGGAGAGGGAGAAAUCUCCAGGCCGGCUUCUGAGCACCCGCAGAGAAAGGUCCCCUGGAAGACUGUUCGACGAGACCAGCCGAGGACGAAUGCCCGUGAGUGGUGCCAGAACUCCUCUCUCUCAAGUCAACAAGGUCUGGGACCAGUCUUCAGUGUAAGUCUCAGCUAGACAAAGUUACUCAUCUUGACCUGCAGGAAAAAAAAAAAAAAAAGGAAAUAUACUGAGUAUAUGCACUCCAUAUGUCUGCUGCCCAGUUACCAAAACAGCAUUCCUGGGCCAAAGCUAGCUCCGCAUCAGGAGACCUGUGAUGCUUUUGAGGAUUGCCCGCAUCUCAGUUAAUUUCUCCGCACUUUCCUGCACUCCUGUUUUUGCACUUUGUACUACUGUUACUCUUUCAAGCAGUUCAUGAACUUUUUGUAUUCACCGUAGUCCCUAGUAGUUCAUCCAAGAAAAUCGGAUGGGACUAGACUCCCACCCCAGAUCUUUAAUGUGGUUAGCACCCCUUAACAGAUAAUUAAUCAUAGUUCUGAGACAUGCUGGGAAUUCCUGAUGGCCUUGAUACAGAAGGGCCAAGGUGACCGAGUCUUUCAGUAGAAGGUGUGGUUGGAUAUUCUCUACAGAACUCGAGAAAAUUUAAUUUUGAUCAAUCUGUUCACCUGCCACUUUGAAAUUUGUUUUGUUCCCACUAAAAUUGCCCUAGAGCAGCUCCAAUGGGGAGGCAAGAACCCUGCUUUAAAUGAUCCCAUGUGCCCUGCCCUGAGACAAAGUGCAUUAUCUCUAAGCUACUGGGGUGUAAGACUUUAUCUAGGUCUUCUGCAUGACAGUUCACUGCAUGCUGCUGCACCAUCACUGGCUGCUCUCUCCUUUUGGGUUGCUUUGCUAAGUAGUGUAUUGUACCUCACUUGUAAAUUAACCGAAACCUUUGGAUCGCACUGCAAAAUAACCACCAUGAAUCACUGGAAAUUUGGCAGUGAAGAGCUACAGGCCUUAUUCUACGACAAGAAUUAUAGUCACGCUUGUAUCCUCCUUUCAGCAUUAAACACGGUCCAUUCAGAAAUUACAUCCGCAUAGUCUCAAAUCCCAAGAGAUCCCACUUUCCCCAGAGAGCUUCAAAGAAAAGCAUGAGAGAAGAGCAGCACAGAUCACGUCUGCUGUGAUUCAUAACUUGUCGUACAAUAAGAGCCAAAUGUCAUGGCACAAGAGGAUACUCACAAUAAACAGCUUUAGCGGUUACGGAAUACACCUUCGCCUUUGCUUCUGCAUAUCUAACCUCAAGCCAUUUAGUGCUUUCUAUUCUCUUUUGCUGUGAACAUGAAGCAGAGAGCAGAUGAUUUUUCAAAGCAGGUUUUGACCAUUCAAUCUGCAAGAGCAAGGCUCUAAGUGAACAACCAUGUUCUCUACAACUGGAAAGAGCAAAACUGCAUCCAGUCUUCCCUUGGCCACACUCUUAAACUUCUGCUAGUCCCUUGCAAGCCCGUGCUAACCUGUUCUAGAAACCCAUAAAAAUUCAAAUGCCUUGUCAGUGUCCUUUGGCGAGUUUCAUGAAUAGCGUAUUCUGUUGUCUGUUUGGGUUCUUUUAGAUCAGAUGAUUUGGCAGGAAACUUGCUGAAAAUGUUGUCUCCUGGUCUGAAUAUUUUGAAAGGUCACUGAGAUCUGUAUUUAAAUCUUGACAUCUCAUGGAAGAUCUACAUGACCUCAGAAAUGGGCUUGUUGAGUCCUGAAAGUGUAUAUCUAUCUUGUGUCUUGUUUGUGACAUGCUUCCUGCUAUAGAAAUAGCUCAAAGGACUGUACAUAUUUACAAGAAACUUUAUAUUCGUAACAAAAGGGAAUUGAAUUGGUUUCUACUUUUUUAUUGUAAACUGUGCAGUUUUUCAACACUAGCUUUUUUGUUUUAAUGGUGGUUGUGGACAGCCAUCUUCAGACACUGGAGGAGCCUCAGCUUAAUCCUCCUAGCUCCCAUGAAGAAAUAUUGUAACAUUAAAUUGCAAUUGAAGCUUGUGAGCAUAAAUGAGGAUUUAGGUAUCUAAAAGUAAAGUACAGGAUUUUUUCUUCAUUACCUUUUUAUUAUUGACAAGGGAGGGAACCAGAGGGACAGUUCAAAGCUCCACCUGGAAAGUAUUGAACUUUGUUGUUGAACAAUAACCAAAUAAAACAAAUAACUAUCUUGA